GACAGUACGUACGUACGCUCGCCGCCACUUCACGAGCGGUCGCGGUUUGUUGUUGUUGUUACUUUCUCGCUACCUAUUUAGUUUUGUCGGUCAGUGACAGUUUCGUUUUGACGUUUAGUACCGUCAUUAUUCGGAUAUAUUCAGUACCGGAAUACGAGCGCAAAUACGGGCAAGGAUAUACCGGGGAGCGUAGGCCCAUCGUUGCCGUGGUGUUGUGAGAUCUACGAUGAAACGUAGAUGGGCCGGACUGCAAGCAGUCAGGGUGCAACCGGACGACUCUAGUGCGGAAGUGACCUCGUCAUCCACCACGCUGGUGAUGAGUCCGGCCAAUUCGCUGGCUUCCACUGAUAUCGGAGACGUGGACCUCGAGUUCUGGGACCUGGACUUGAACGCUCAGAACCAUGCCAGGAACCUGAUUAUGCAGAACGGAUUUGCCGGUUUAACUGGACAUACUAUCGUUGCCAAAUCGGAUACCAGCUCGAUGUCAGGUAGAUAA